AUGGCUAAGUUAAGCUUCACUUUAUGCUUUUUGUUGUUUCUUCUGUUAGCCUCAGUGGCCGCCGGAAGCCGUCCUCUUAAGGGGACUCCGGUCAGUGUGAAAGUGAGAGAGCUAAGCCCUUCGAUGGCGGCUACGAGCCCGACUGUAGCGGAUGAUCAAGAUGCAGGUAGCAGCAAUAGCCAUGGCAAAUCUCCAGAACGAUUAAGCCCUGGAGGACCCGACCCGCAACAUCAUUAG